AUGAGGCAGACAGUGGGAGAAGAGAUCAUUAAGAUCCAUAAGGCCUCAGACGUAGUGCCUUUCAGAGAGAGCCCUUCCUAUUCCUCAAAGCGCCGACGUCUGGGUGGGGCCAAUAACGUUGGUGUGUGUGGCUCAUCAUCUCCCCGUUAUCUGAUUCGCUCAGCCAGCGACAACGCUCUGGAAAGCCCCGCCUCUUCUUCCCCCGGCCCCUCCCUCCACAGCCUGGAGAACACAAACACUUCCAACCGGCAGGCAGACACACACAGCCUUCGCAGACAGACACGGCGCCUCAGCCCGAGUGGCAGGCUACAGAGGACCCCAGCCCGCCCCAUCUCCCCCAGCCCAGUGCAGCAUGGGAAACGUAGGCUGUACAGCGCCGUGCCGGGAGGACGUUCAUCGCUACCCGCUCUCACACACCGCAGGGCCCCGGAGAGAUCAGCCUGCAUCGUGGGGAGAGGGUCAAAG